AUGGCAACACUUUGUUCUUUUAUGAUAUUCUUCAUUGUUCUAGUGCUCUCAGUUGAUAAAACAAUAGUUCAAAGGAUAGAAGCGAAGGAAUGCAUCGAAAGCUGGAAAUGCACAAGUCAAACUCCUUGUGUAGAAGACUGUAAAAAUAAGAAAAAUGGAACUGGGGGAUGCCUUCUAAUUCCUCCACCAGGAUUUCCAUUGCAGUGUUAUUGCACAUUCCAAUGUGCAGGAAUCCCGCCGCCAAGAGGAAAGAUAUGUCGAAUAACGUGGAACUGCGACAAUAAACUAGAACAUUGUGAGAAUGCCUGUAAAGCCUUUGAGUUUGGAGGUAUUGGAGUAUGCACUCGAUAUCCUCCAACAAGUUUUCCAACGAUGUGUUAUUGUAAAUACCCAUGUUAA